CCAACAACGACUAAUGGACAUUUGCUGGAAACCUUGGAGAUUUAUCCUUUCUGGGGCCUUGUGCAAACCUUUUAAGGACUGAGAUUCUUGUUUGCUAGUUUAGAAAAUAUUUUUGUUUGAUUGUUGUAGACCACUGUCUGAGCGGUUGACAUUGACUGAAAAAUCAUAGUUUUCUAGAAAAAAAAAAAAGUGUUGCAGAGCUGUAGAGGGAAUAGCUCAGUGCCAGUUCUGAAUACUAUAAUAGCCCCCUGUACAGUUGACAAAACCAGGACAGGAGCAGCAGCAUACCACCAGGGAAGGGACCAGUGAUGGAGAACUAUUUUAAGCCGGUUCACAGCCCCUCUGGGCCGGGUGAAAUCAAGCCACGGAAGCACCAUCAUCAUCGUCACCUUCACCAUGACCAAGACCCUCAGUCACACAGGUACACCAUGUUUGAUGACACAGACAGAAAUACAGAUGACAGCCAUGGGCACCACCGUCGCCAUCAGCAUGGACGCUAUUUAGAAGACAGCCCUCCUCCCAUCCCCCAUCGGCACCAAACACAGCAGUUUCACCACAGCGAAGAGGAUGAGAUACUUUACAACUCUGAAACCCCUGUUACUCUCUCCAGGGCCUCUUCAUCUUCCCUCUCUUCCUCUGACUCCUCCUCCUCCUUUUCCUCCUGGUACACCGAGGAGAGUGCCAACGAUCCCUUCACUCUCCGUCACGCUGCGCAGCCACAGCACUCGCUCUCCUGCUCCAACAUAGCAGACGUGCGCAGAGGUUUCAGGGAAGACGACAGCAGCGAGCCCAUUGUCUUCGCCACCAUCAAACACGCCAAACAGGACAGUGUUUGCAGCGAGACACAUGUGAGCCCUCACAAGCAGGGAAAGGGUGGUUAUUCCUCUCUGGACAGAUGUCACAGUAGAAGUGCAGGCCUCCUGCAGGGCAAUGCCAGCGAUGUUGGGGGGGGGCGAUCCAGGGCACGGCACGAGAACUAUGGCACUCUUUACAAGACGGCUAGUUUGAACCGAAGCUUGGCUUUCAGCGAGGAGGAUAUUAUGUUAGGGAUCUCCCUUGGUCCCAAAAGAGCAGUGUCCUCCAGCCAGUUACCAAGCAAAGGCAUUCUCAAAAACAAGGAGCCUCAUAAUGACAUUCGCAAGGCCAAGUCAAUGGAAGUGCUGUCCCCAAGAGUUUCCAAAGCAUCAGAUCCCAGUGGGCAGAAGGGGAAGGGGAUCACUCAAGCCGAGAUAGAGCAGGCAAGGGCAAAUUUUGUGCAGGGGAAGUUACAAUUUUCAGCCUUUCUAGAUGAGAUUACAAAGCAGGUUAUAAGCCCGUCAGAUCUCACCAUCUUGGGUUUGAACAAUAAUAAAACUACUGUGAAUAAACCAGCUCCAGGUCAAGCAGCUGGUCCAGAAAAGCCUCAGCUACCACCCAAAAAGAACAGGGAGAGCUCAGGGGAGGAGCGAGCACAGCAACCAAGACAGCAGGGCAGGCAAGAGAAAGCAGCUCGCAGCACCUCUGGCAAACACCCAGAUGGCUCCAGUCCCGACAAACUCACCUCUUACCCUGCUAAGAAACACCAUGGCAGUCCCCCACCCAAUCACCACCUGCACUCUCCCAGCCACAAAACCCACCAUGGAGGCAACCGCAAAGACAGGAGGCCCCCACCCGCUGUGGGCUCCUCAGCGGGGGACAGGUAUGGUCGAAGUGGUCCUCACCUCACCGAUGGCACCAGCACCAGCCCUGAACCCAGCGUGCCGAAACAGCGGCACCAUCGCAAACAGCAGCAACCCACAACCUCCCACGGUAAUCAUACCCAGCACUUCUCUCAGCACCAGCCUCAGCAGGCGCACCCUGGCCCCGGGAACCGAAGGCCUGCCAGCUCCCCUACACCCAAGGGUGUGGAGCCAGGCCACAGAUCCGAGUCUUCAUCAACAAAAUCAGACUCAUCCAGGACCAGAGACACAGCCUCAACAGCUACCAGUCACAGCUCGGAGCAGAGUGCACGACAUCAUUCACCACAUGAGGGGCACUCCAAACAACACAGAGAAACACUUUGGGAUGCUGAUCAUCUCCGAGCACUGCAGGAGGAGAAUUCAGAUCUUCACCAGAACUUGCUGCAGACUGUGGUUUGUAUUGAGAGCUUGGAAGUGGAGCUGCAGAGAACCAGGGACGAGCUCAGCCAUGUCAAAGACAAAUACAAAAGCCUUCUAGAGAGCCACUCUGGGACCAAACAGUCCAAUAACCUGCUGGGAGAACAUCUGCAUAUAGCGUCAGAGAGCCUGAACAGCGAGAGGAAGCACCUACUGAACCGUGUGUCCGAGCUGAGCUCAGAGUUGGAUGAUGCCCACAGAACCAUGGCCUCCCUGGAGAACAUUAAUGUGCCGUGCUUGAUCAAGGAGUUACUGGAGAAGCACUUUAAUUCAGCUGAGGUGAUACAGAAGCUGCUGUCAGCCUGUUUUUCAAACAACCAAUCUGCUAACUCACCACAAGCAGACAUCCAGUCUAACACCUCAACAGUGGAGGAAGCAGCACAUUAUUGGCAGAAGAAACCAGAGACGGCUCAACAGAGAGUCACAGCCUUCAUACCAUUCAAUCAGGGGGGUAAUGAAGGCCGUCCCUCAGGACAGGAUGAGUCCAGGCACAGCCCACCUUUCUCUGUAAAGGACAUCAGCACUGCCAUCUACAAGAACAUGGCUGCCAGUUAUGCUGCCAGACCUCGACCCCUCUAUCCUCAGAGCCAGCAGCAACCUCAGUUAAGCACCAACCACACUGAUGCCCCCACAAUGCACCAGCAGGCCCGUGUGGGCGGUGACGGCUGGAUGGGGAACGGGGAGGUAAAGGUAACACUUGUGGAGCAGGAUGUUGUGGAUGUGACCUCCGCGUCAGCCCAGCAGAUCCUGGAUGAGUUCAUGCAGCAGCUGCAAGCACAUAAGGAGGUGGGAGGAGGGAAGGAGCAGCAGGGCGGGUGGAGCCAAUAAAACAGGAAAAGUGGCAGACUGAACGUGUCAUCUAACAGCAUGGCAGGAUGAAUAUAUAUUCUCUUUUUAUUGGAAUAUAAUAUGUAUUUAUUUAUGUAAUUGUGGUCAGAUUCAAACAACAACUGUUCUCCUACAGCUUUGAAAAUUAAGAUCAUUAUUGUUAUUAUAAAAAAGCAUCAAUAUGAAUGUUCAGGGAAAACAUAAAGAAUUCAAGUCAGACUGCAGAUCGAAUAUCUGUGUUGGAAACUGACAUCCACCUUACAUCAGCCAGGCCAACAUCUUGAUUUGAUCUCAGCCCAACACUCAGAUCUGACAUCAACAUCAGGUUUGAUAUCAGCCCAAUGCAAGGAUCUGAUACCAAACCUCAGAGUUUGAUGUCUACCCAACAUCUGGAUUUGGGAUUGCUUUGGAACAGUUGUAGAAUUAGUUGUUUCUCAACCAGAAUGUCUGGGGUUUAAUCUUAAACUCCUGCAGCCACAUGUCAGUGUGUCCCCAAGCAAGACACUGAACCCCCAAACUGUCCCAACUGGAUGGCUGUAAGCAGGUAACUGAGACCUGCGGUGUAAAAGGCACUUAAAGGAGAUGAAUAGAAAGCUAUACGAGCUCUAGUGCAUUCACCUUUUACAUUUUCUGUCAACCAGCUGUUGGAUUAUGAUGUUUGUUUCUUGUUUUUGGCAUCUGCUGAUUAUAAAAGUCAUGCUUUGACGUCAGCCCCAAACUGGAAUCUGACGUGAGCAAAACUUAAG